GAGGCUGGCUUUUCUGGACAUCAGUGGGACAUAUGUGGGAGUCACAGUCGUUUCCCCCAGGAUCAUUAACGCUGCACCACAGACUCUGUGAGCGGCCUCAUGUCUAAUUACUUCUCCCUUGAACUUCGACCCGGCAUAAAAAUAAAACGGAAAGAUCAGGUCGUCGAUCUGUUGACGUCUCCGCUGUAAAGUGAACUUUCAAACGGGUUCACAGUAUUUCAUAUGAGCCGCUACAGUUGGACUGAGCUGUUCGUGGACAAGGACCGUUUUCUGCAAGUUGUCUUGAGUAAUGUAAGAAAGCGCAAGUUUUCCUUAAAACGUGAAAUCAUAAUGUAGCUAGCAGGAAAAAACUCCUUCAUGCAGUAUUUAAGCUGUUCUGCAGCGAGUUAAAUUAGUAGUACAGCGUUACAGUCCCCUCUGGCCAUGAAGCUGGAAAUCCGACGGUACCGUCCCUCAGACAAGGACACGGUGUUCACUCUGUUCAGCAUCGGCAUCAAGGAGCACAUCCGUCCAUGUUUUCACAAAGCCAUGACCAGCCCUCUCUACCUCGCCAUCACCCUGGCUCUGUGUGUUGCUGGAUACCUCCUCAGCUCUGUGUUAGGGGCUGUGGCGUUACCAGCAGUUUGGGUAGGCUUUGUCUACUACUGCUCUUAUAAGCUAUAUGCCGACUAUGUCAGGGAGAGACUCCGGACAGACAUGCAGGACAUCCCUGGGAACUAUCUGAGCAGACCGGAUGACUGUUUCUGGGUGGUUGAGGCUGAAGUUGAUGGGAGGGUGCAGAUCAUGGGUAUGGUGGCUGUGAUGGCCAAACAAAGUGGGAAAGAAAAGUACGGCGAACUGUUCAGAAUGAUCAUCUCUCCACUGUGCAGAAGGAUGGGCCUGGGCUUCAGGAUGGCUCAGAUCGUGGUCGACUUCUGUAAGGAACGAGGCUUCUCCAAGGUGGUGCUGGAGACCAGCUCCACCCAGACGGCUGCCGUGGCCCUAUACGAGAAACUGGGGUUCUGCCACAUCCUCUCACACACCAAAACAGAGGCUCCCUUGUGGGUUGUAACACUGGCCAAAGUCACAGUUUUAAGAAUGGAAAAAAAAUUGUAGGCCUGAAAUAACCCUGAUCAGCCACUGUGACGUUCCUGUUCUGUUCCUCUUUAUCAGCGAUUUAAGCUUUUGCAGUGAUAAUACUUUACCGAAACUAUUAUUAGUAAGCUAUGUCUCACACACACACACAUAAGUUUUAAAAUGUGUUUCACUUGUACUGUAUGGACGACCUAUUCGUUGGUCUCAAACAUGACACAUUGCUGCUCUUCUAAGUUUAUUGGAUCAAGAGUCAAGAUUCACCAGAUAGUUAUUGUUGUUCAAAAGUUUUAGGCAGGUGUGAAAAAAUGCUGUAAACUAAGAAUGCUUUCAAAAAUGGAAGUGUUAACAGUUUAUUUUCAUCAAUUAACAAAAUGCAGUGAAUGAACAGAAGAAAAAUCUAAAUCAAAUCAAUAUUUGGUGUGACCACCCUUUGCCUUCAAAACAGCAUCAAUUCUUCUAGGUAAACUGGCACACAGUUUUUGAAGGAACUUGGCCGGUAUGUUGUUCCAAACAUCUUGGAGAACAAACCACAGAUCUUCUGUGGAUGUAGGCUUCCUCAAAUCCUUAUGUCUCUUCAUGCAAUCCCAGACAGACUCGAUGUUGAGAUCAAAAAUGAAAUUUCUGCUUUGAAAUCUUUGUCUGGGAGAGACCUUGCUGAUGCAGUAUAACAACCUUGUGUCUUGUUGCUGUGCUCAGUGUUGCCAUGGUGUAUGACCUGUGACAUGAAACUGUCUUCUACAACCUCACCUUGAUAGUGUAGAGUUCGGCUGCGCCUCACCCAGUUUAAAGCCUCCUACACAGCUGUUUCUGUUUCAGUUAAUGACUGGGUUUCAACCUACAUGUUCAAAUUGAUGAUCAUUAGCACCUGUUUGGUAUAAUUGGUUGAUCGUACACCUGACUAUAAUCCUACAAAAUCCCUGACUUUGUGCAAGUGUACCUAUAAGAAUUGAUGCUGGUUUGAAGGCAAAGGGUAGUAAUACCAAAUAUUGAUUUGAUUUAGAUUUUUCUUUUGUUCGCUCACUUUGUAUUUUGUAAAUUGAUAAAAAUAAACUAUUAUUAUUUAUAUUUUUGAAAGCAUUCUUAGUUUACAGCAUUUUUUCACACCUGCUUUAAACUUUCGCACAGUACUGUGUAUGUAUAUAUAUAUAUAUAUAUAUAUAUAUUUAUACUUUUUUUUUUUUCAACUGAUUUUAAUUUCACAAAUGAUACAGAGAACAUUCCACUGUUUUGCACACAAAAACAUGCAAGAAAUAAACCCAUUCUCAAAGGUUUUACCUGGCUGUGUGUUUCUCCCACCUAAACAGGCGCAACACGACUAAUAGAAAGGUCGGAGAGAUGUGAGGCGAACAGCCACAUAGUCCUGAGAGGAGGUGUAAUCCAGUAAAAUAUGAAAACACCUGUGUGGGUGAAUCAUGAGUGUGUAGGAUCGUCACAGCUUUAUUUCUUAUCACCAUUAAAUCAACGGCUCAUUCAAACGCACCCCUCGUUCUGCCGGCAAAUUAUACACAAUAUAUAGUGAGUAGUGAGUGAACUGUAAUGCCAUAGUAUAAUGAUUAUAUAGUAAAUUUUGCAUAUGGAUGCCAGUGGUCAUGAUAGUAUGUGUUUUUAAAAUAGGCCUUUUUCAUAGACAUAAAGUACGUUACCAAGUUUAUAGACAGGGUUGUGGAUUGUAGAUGAAACAGUAGAGGGCAUCAUUUAUCUAAGUAACACUGAAGCGCUUCUCUGUGUGCAAAUCAAUAGUAUCUACAAUAUCGUGUUCUCAGUAUUUACAGUACAUGAAUAUGAGUCAUUCAAAAUAUCUGUAAUAUAUAUGUGAAUAUUAUUAUAGUAAGUAUCAAAGCAAAGUAACAAACGUGCAUUUACUCAAAUACAUUAUUCCAUUACAUUUAGCUAUUCUUUUUUUUUUAAAAAGGUAAUUUAGUAUUAAAAGAAACAGAAACAUAUUUUAUGAUCUGCAAAGGCCCUGCAGGAAAUUCCAAAUUUUGUAGCUCAUAAUGUUGUGUUGGGUGGUAAUUUGAAUAGGCACCGUGUAGUCGGUGUGUUUUUUUUUAACUCACAAUGUGUAGAGUCUUCCUUUUAUUUUUGCAGUAGGCCUGUCAUUCACAUUAUUCUGCUGCAGUAAGUUUUUGUUUGCUUAAAAAUGAGACAAUCCUGAUGAAAACCGCUGUGGUCCAUUUAGCUUCAGCCCCUUUAUCUAUGUGCCAGAUCUGUGGGAUCUCUGAGUAUGUUUGCAUGCACCCUACUAUCCUGGUUUUGAGGCUUUUAUUGAGUGUGUUUUUUUAAUUUUUUUAUUUGUUUUCAUCAUAUUAGAAAUGUGAGGGGUACUCAGAACAUAAAGAGACUUGGAUUGGUUUCUGGUUGCCAGGUCUUUGCUGCAUUUACCACCAAUUUGAUAAAAUGUAUCCUCCAUGUGACCUUUGUAUUCAAAGGCAUGGACAACAAUGAAUGGCAAUGAUAAGAUAUAAGGCAACAUCAAAAUAUGUGCAAAAAUGUAAAACAGAAAACAGAAUUAAACUUGUAAGAUCAAAUUAUAAAAUAAAAGAAACAUAGAAUAUUAAGUCCACUAAGAGCAAAAAAAGGCUAUUGAAAACAUGCAUGUCUUGUGUUUUGUCUUAAAAGUGUCAAUGGGGGUUGAACAUUUCAUUGAUUAUCUAAGAGGCCUAGAAUAGAGGAGUGACAGAAUUGUUUAGGGGUGCCAACCCAAGUAUGGCUUUAAAAACAAAUACAAGAACCAUGAAACUGAGCCUGUUUUUGACAGCCAGUGCAGACGCUGCACUGGCUGAAGAGUAUGGAGUAAAAAGUACAGUGUUCCCCUCUGACAUGUAGUGGAGGAGAAGUUUAUAAUAGCACAAAAUGGAAAUAUGGAAUUAAAUGGAAGUAAAGUACAAGUAAGUUGAAGUUGUACUUAAGUAGAGUACUGAGUAAAUGUACAGUACUUCAGCUGAAGUGGUCCUGUUUGCAUAUUUGGGUUUGUGAAUCUGACAAAUAUGAUCCAGGUUCACAGUGCACAUGUGCCACUGUGGCUUUUUUUGAUUCUACCACUAGGUGGUGCCAAAGUUUUCAAAUCUUACACACAAUGUGCUGUAAACACGUGAUUAAACAUUCUACUUGGAGUGACCUUAAAAUAAAACUUUUCUUGAAAAGAAUUUGACAAGAAAUGACAUGAAUUAAUAUUGAUGGGGAAUUUGAGGCACUGUGUGGAGAGUUCUCAUGUUCCUCUCAUCUGUACGUGGGAUCGUGCUCCAUGUGUUUCAUCCGACAGGUCAUAGAGUCCACCUCAGGUGAAUGAAUGCCUGAAUGUGUCCCAUGUAGAGGCAGGACUGUACAUGUCAGUAUAUCUGAUUGGUUUGCUUGUAAGGCAAAGAACUCUCAGAAAAAGCUUUGUGAUAUUUCAUUUUAAGCCACUGUGAGCUUUUACACACAAGGAUGCUUUGUUAAACAUGUCAAUUUAUAUUCUAGGAGAGGCCCUUUGGCAGUCAUAGGGGCUGACGUACAUGUGAUGUCCAUAUAUAGCAAGAAAGCUCAAAUGAAUCAGAAUCAGUAUUUUAACAGGCUUCCCACUAUGCAUUGUU